GGCCAUGGCGACGAUGGCGACGAUUUCUCAGAUACCUUUCUCUCUCUCCUUCCCUUCUCUCGAAUUUCGGAAACCAUUGUUAUACUAUCAUCGUCAUCAUCAACCUCAACUUUUUGUUUCGUACUUGAAUUACACGAAGAAGAAGCAUAGUUUUGUCUGUUUCGCUUGUUCCAUCAAACAAACCAGAGUUCGUAAGAGAGUGAAGAGCAAUGAGGAGCUUCGGAGUGAGAUUAUGGAGUUCGUUGCUUUAGCUGGGCUUCCUCAAGGUCACGUGCCGUCCAUGAAGGAACUCUCCGCACAUGGAAGAGUUGAUCUUGCCAACAUUGUCAGACGAAGAGGAUACAAAUUCAUCAAGGAACUUGUUGCAAACUCUGACUGUAAUGAGCUAGUCUCUGACAAUAAUACGAACAUGGAAACAGAUGGAAGUGGAGUUUGUUUGGAAGAUUCGUUAACAGAAGGUCAGGGCGAAGAAGCACUGGAUGUGGUUGACGUAAACUUGUCUACUGAACUACCUUCGAGCCGUGAAGUAUACUUAACUGCAACAGAUGGGAGUAUGCCUCUUGAUCAGGAAAAUGAUAGUUUCUCUGAAGAAGUAGUUGUCACAGAUUCAAGUAACGAGGCUGAAGAACAAGGAAGUUUGAGUAAAGAUGAAUCGUCUUUUGCUGGAGUUUCGAGCAUGGAAAACUCCUUUUCUAACUUGGGUGACAGUAAUCAUUCAGGAGAAAUCACAGAAAACAAUUUUAAGGUUGAGAGCGUGGAGCUCAAUAAAAGAGCUGACAUUGAAAACUCAUCUUCUGAAGCUUUAAUAUCUGCAAACUAUUCUCAAGUUUUAGAUGAUACUUCAAGCUGUCCUGAGGCAGAAGCUGGCAAUGUUUUGAUGACAGAGGAUGAGAAGGUCAAUGAUGUAGACAAAGAUUCCUCUCUUGCUUUUGAUCAUUACACCAGUCCUACCUAUAAUCAUUACACUAGUCCAGAUCUCAGUUACACCAAACAUGUCGACAUUGCUACUGGAUCCUCGUAUGAUUUGACCUCAGAGAAUACCAUGGCAAAUGCAGAGAAUUUUCAGAAUCAGCAGAUUGAUGAUAUAGCUGAAAAUCGUUCUGGUAGUGCUGAUGAUAGUUUAGUUGAGUCUGAGGAUAAGGAUUGGAUGUCAGGACUUUCUUCUUCCACUUCAAGCAUAGAAGAAAAAACAACCAGAUUUAUACAGAAUGGAUACUUGGAUACAGUUGAUGAUGAUGAAAAUGGCAUACCUAAUGAAAGCUGUCCUGAAGACACUAAAGAAGGUGUAGAAACAACCAAAGGUGGUGAGUACAUAGGAGACAGUUAUGGUGGUCAGAGAAGUGUCAGUAUGCCACCAAAUGGAAGUGCCUUAGCAUUGGAGGAGGUUACCCAUGCUAAAGAACUUAAUAGCUCUGACAGGAAUAGUGAUCAGAGAGAUGGGAGUGCUGACCUGGACACGGAUUCACAUGAUGAGACCAGGAAACGGGAAAAUCAGGUUGAAAUUGAUCGGCUGAGGUUCAUGCUGCAUCAAAAAGAGCUGGAGUUGUCAAGGCUGAAGGAGCAGAUUGAAAAGGAAAAGCUGUCUCUUUCAGUUCUCCAAAGACAGGCUGAAACAGAGAUCCAAAAGGCCCAAAUGCUUAUCUCAGAGAAGGAAGUUGAAUUGCGAGAAGCUGAGGAAAGUCUUUCAGGAUUGCAAGAGGUUGUGCUUGAAUAUUGCGGAGAUGGUAAUGCUGUGGAAGUGACUGGCAGCUUCAAUGGGUGGCAACACCGAGUGGGAAUGGAACUACAAGCAUCCAAGUCAAUCGGGAAACAGAAAUGUUGGUCGACAUUACUGUGGUUAUAUCCCGGUACAUAUGAGAUAAAGUUCAUCGUGGAUGGGCAAUGGAUAACGGAUCCUCAAAAAGAUUCGGUUACAAGAGGACACAUCACAAACAACAUCCUCAAAGUAGACAGCUGAUGAUCUCUUGCUUUUACUGUUUUUUCAAGUCGAAUUCACUCCAGAUGAUCGGUGUAGGCUUAAACAGGUGAAAGGAGCAGAGCAAAUCAUUUCAAGUCUACGAGGUUUUGCUUUCAUUCUUUAAGGCUUAGGGAUAGACUCUGUACAAAAUUGUAAUUUAAGGUAAAAUAAUACAUUUAUAAGGUUUCA